AUCCACGAAAGGAAAGAUAAAGAUUCACAGAAAAUGGAACGUAACAUUAUAAUAGAUAUAAUUGGCGAUGAAUGCCAUAGUUCAUCUGGUUCCUCUUGUGAUUCCGUCUAUUGAACUUUUCCUUGUAUAAGAGUCCAACAGUGGCCAAGUCGACGUGGAUGCAAACCGACGCUAAUGCUUCUGGCAUAUUCCAGAACAGAAUAUCUUCGUACAUCUGACAUUCCAACUGUGGCUCAGUUUGGGUUAUUUGGAAUCUCAAAACUAAACCCUGUUUUCUUAAGGUUUCUUUUUGAGUCAUAAACCUGUUCGAAGUUUGAGAAAAUGAGCUGUUUGUUUUGAUUGUCGUAGUGGUAGCCCUUUUUGGGAGGGAGUUCUUGGGAGUUACUCGUCCAAAACAAGAAAAGAAGAAUAAAUUCUUGGGUUCUUUUUCUUAUUUAACAGCGUAUAAGGAUCGCCAGUCAUUUCAAUCGAGAAGUUUUCUGAAACCGAGUUGAAGGCACUGAAGAAGAAGAGUUUACACUGUUCUGGAAAAAAUGAUUACUCGAACAGUGGAUCUCCGGUCUGACACAGUCACCAAACCGACUGAAGCAAUGCGGGCUGCUAUGGCGACUGCUGUGGUUGAUGAUGACGUUUUGCACCAUGACCCAACUGCUUUACGCUUGGAAACAGAAAUGGCAAGGAUCACGGGGAAGGAGGCAGCCCUAUUUGUUCCCUCAGGCACAAUGGGCAAUCUAAUUAGUGUGCUUGUUCAUUGCGACACUAGGGGAAGUGAAGUCAUUCUUGGAGACAAUUCCCAUAUCCACAUUUAUGAGAAUGGUGGCAUUUCAACAAUUGGAGGUGUGCAUCCAAUGACUGUAAAGAACAACCGAGAUGGAACAAUGGAUAUUGAUUUAAUUGAAGCUGCCAUUAGAGAUCCGAGAGGGGUGCUCGUGUACCCUACUACAAGGCUUAUCUGCUUGGAAAACACGCAUGCAAACUCUGGAGGUAGAUGUCUGUCUGUAGAAUAUGUAGACAAAGUUGGAGAGCUAGCCAAAAAGCAUGGUUUGAAGCUUCAUAUUGAUGGGGCCCGCAUUUUUAACGCAUCGGUUGCACUCGGCAUUCCUGUUCAUAGGCUGGUGCAAGCUGCUGACUCCGUUUCGGUAUGCCUGUCAAAGGGUCUGGGUGCUCCAGUUGGAUCUGUUAUUGUUGGCUCCAGAAGCUUUAUUGCCAAGGCCAAAAUACUUCGGAAAACCUUAGGUGGUGGGAUGAGACAGGUUGGGAUCCUUUGCGCUGCUGCUUUGGUAGCUGUACAAGAAAAUGUUGUAAAGCUUGAAGGCGAUCACAAGAAAGCUAAGAUUUUAGCAGAAGGACUGAGUCAAAUCAAAGGAAUAAAAGUCGAUGUUGCCUCAGUGGAGACCAAUAUUAUAUAUUUUGACAUAGAAGAAAGCUCAAAGUUCACAGCAGAAAAAAUGUGCGAGUACUUAGAAGAACAUGGUAUACUGGUGAUGCAAGAGGGCCCAUUAAGGAUCAGGAUUGUCCUCCACCACCAAAUUUCUGAAAGUGAUGUGCAAUACACCUUGUCAUACUUUCAGCAUGCUCUAUCUGGAGUACAAGAUCAAAAUGGCAUCUAGUGGGUGAAAUUAUCAUCACUCUCUUUCUUCUCAAGAAGUCCAAUGGGUUU